AUGGUCUCGUCUGUUCCAAUUCUUACUGGAACCAACUUCGCAGAAUGGAAAGAGAAGGUUGAGUUCACAUUAGGAGUACUAGACUUGGAUUUGGCAUUAAGAGAGGAAGAGCCAAAUCCACUAACAGAGGAAAGUACUGAAGAAAAGAAAGAAUUCUAUAAGAAUUGGGAAAAAGCGAACAGACUGAGCAUUAUGUUCUUAAGGAUGACAAUAGCAAGCAACAUCAAAUCUUCCCUUCCACCUGCAGAUAAAGCGAAAGCUUAUCUAGCGGCUAUAGAAGAACGGUUUAAGACUGCAGACAAAUCCCUAGAAGGGAAACUUAUGGCAGAUCUUACAACCAUAAAGUAUGAUGGCACAAGGUCUAUGCAAGAACAUUGCAUUGAAAUGACCAACCUUGCGGCAAUGUUAAAGAAUUUAGGAAUGAGUGUGGACGAUUCAUUUCUUGUCCAGUUUAUCCUAAAUUCUUUACCUCCUCAGUAUGGACCAUUCCAAAUUAAUUAUAACGCCAUAGAUGAAAGAUGGACGUCUAAUGAACUGGCUAAUAAAUUGGUCCAAGAGGAGGCUAGGCUUGGUCGCGAAGGUAUUAAGGUUGCCCAUUAUAUUCAAGGAGCUGGACCUAAAGCUGGGAAAAAGCAUCAAAUGAGCCAUAAAAGAGCACCAUCCAGAAUGAACGACAAUCAAGUGAAUGAGAAGAAAAAGGCAAAGAAAGAUGAAAAAUGCCAUUUUUGCAGAAAGAUUGGACACUUUCAGAAAGAUUGUCCUAAAAGAAAAGAAUGGUUCGAAAAGAAAGGGAUUCCUUAUGAUCCAGAACAUAAACUCAAGUGA